AUGAACAAUAGACAGAUAUCAAAAGAAAUAAAAGUUAGAUUAAAUAAAGUUUGCAAUCUUUUAAAAGAAAUCGAGGACAUCUUAUGCAAAGAGAAUCAAAUGAGUCAGUUAUCAAAAUUAGACUAUUCAUGCAAUUGUGUUUGUGUAAAACAAUCAACACCUCAAAUUUUGAGUGAAAAGUUAGAAAAAGUAUCCAAUCAUAGAAAACAUGACAAUAGUAGAAUAUGCGAGAAAAUGUAUAAAUCAUGUAUUGAAAAACAUGUAAAAUGUAAAGUCUUAGACAGAGAAAACAUGUCUUCUGAUAUAAAUGAUACCAGUCCAUGUUGUCAGAAUAAUGAUGAAGAUAAUCGUGAAAACAAUAACUCAAAAUCCCCAAACGUUUUGUGUUGCAAUUUAUCUAACAAGCAAUUUUAUAAUAAUACACAAAAUGAUUGUAUCCAUGAACUGUUUAAAAACAAGAUAAAUUGUAUUACACAAAAGUAUAUGUCAUAUUUCGACGAAAUUAAUAAAAAUGAACCAAACACUACAAUUUGUUCAACAAUUAAUUCAAAAAGAACACCACGGAAGUAA